AUGGUGGGUCAGAAAAGCGCCUUCUCCGCGGGUGUAUGCAGGGCUCUUUUCAUCAAGAACUGUAUUUACUUAGAACACAAGAGAAGGAGUGACCCCAAUUUCAAGAACAGAAAAGAGAGAAAAAAGAAACAGAAACUUGCCAAGGAGAAAGCUGGACUUUCCAAGUCACCUGACCUAAAAGAUGACGACGCUGUUCAGAAAUUUUUCCUUGAAGAAAUAGAGCUUGGUGAAGAGUUACUAGCCCAAGGGGAAUAUGAGAAGGGUGUGGACCAUUUGACAAAUGCAGCUGCUGUGUGUGGGCAGCCACAGCGGCUAUCCCAAGUAUUACAGCAAACUCUUCCACCACAGCGUUCCAGAUGCUUCUGAAAAAGCCCCCAACAAUUAGGUCAGAGAACUGUAAGUGCUCAGAGCUUGGCUGAAGAAGAUGUGGAAUGAAAAACAAAUGUCAGCAU